AUGUUUUCCCUGGGCUCCUGGCUGCCGGCUUGGCCCGGCUUGGCCCGGGGUUGGGUGCUGCUGGAUGGGCUCCUGCAAGGGCUGGUGGGUGCCUGUGCCGUGUCAGUCCUCUGUAGUCUCAUGAAGGUUUAUCUCUAUGUGCAGUGCUGCAAUGACCCGGAACGGCAGGCGGAGAAGGAGGCGCUGCGGACACGGCGGUGGCUGCUGGACGCCCUGCACGUGCCCCUGCUCACGGCCAUGCUGGCUGCCGUGGGCUCCCGGGUGGCUGCGCUGGUGGCCCUCGAGUUCUCGCUGCGGGCUGCCUCGGCCCUCCUCUCCCACGGCAAGGUG